AUGGCUCUACCAUCGAGUACAGGUCGUUUUAGGCAACGGAGAAUUUCCGUUAAGCAGACACUUCAGGUGCUGCGGCAGAAGGAUAUGCCGAAUUUGGACAGAGAGGAGCAGCAAAGGGAGCUGCAGCAUGUUGAAACAGGUGUUGAAAAAGGAGAAGAAGAAGAAAGAGAUUUGCAGGCAGUGAUGCAUGCCGCAGAUGCUAGAUUUCGUUCGGGAAAGAAAAACGUGAAAGAUGUUUCAAUUCCCACACCAGAUGCAUCCAAAACUUGGACUGAUGAGUCUGCGCUGUACUCUUUAAAAUAUCAGUUUCCAAAAGAUUAUCUAAAGUAUUCUGCUACGGUAGAGGAUACUUGUGGAUGUCCAUACAAUAUGGAUGAGGAUGACAGUGACUUCUUGUUGAAAUUCAAUGCCGAUCUUAAGCAGAAAAAAACAGAAGCAUGUUCUGAACCCGAAUUUGAGAUCGUUAUGUAUAAUUUCGAGAGAAUCGUGGAGCAAAAACAACCGUUUCUACGGAUGGACCCGAAGCAAAUACUGGGAUAUGAUGAUAUAAAGCAGUUGGCAUUAAUUCCAGACGAUAAUGAUCGUUCAAGAAUAUAUCAAGAGCUCGGGAAGCAGCUUGGUAUUCCAACGUUCGAAACACUACUGGAUAAUGUUUCCACAGAGGAUAGCACUGAUGGAGAAAUUGUGCCUGAAUUACGUCCUUUACGGGUAUUGCUUGAGUUGUAUGGCGCUAAGAUAUAUGAGCACUGGAAAUGUAGGCGUUUGGCUCGUAAGGGGUUGGCAAUUACUCCGGGUCUUAGAUUUGAAGAUCCAACACAACCUCAAAAGGAUGAUGAUGAUCCUUAUGUGUGUUUCCGUCGCAGAGAAUACCGCCAUGCUAGGAAGACUCGCCGGGCAGACAUGCAAGGAGUGAUGAAGCUUCGUUUAUUGGACAGAGACUUCAGAGCACUUCAACAGGUACUGCAGAUGGUGACAAUGCGAGAGAAUAAAAGGAGAGAUGAAUUGGAGACGAGCUGGGCUGUUUUCGAGCAAAGGUGUGUGAUCAAAGAUGUGAAGCGUAGUUUAGGCAUUGUCGGUGAAGAUCAGGAGUUAAUCGAUCACCGUCGGCGGGAGAAACGUCGUGAAAGAGAGAGAAAAGAGAGAGAGAAAAGAGAACAGAUGAAGAAGGAGAGAGAGAGGGCAGCAAAUGAUAAGAAAGAUAAGAUAAAGAGAGAGAAGGAAAGGGCUAAGGCAUUGAGGCAGGUAAGACUUAAAGAUAAGAAAAGACGCCGGAAGGGAAAAGAUGGCAACAGUCUUGAUGGUAGUCCCGAUAUAGAUGGAAGUUCUAGAAAAGGGCAUCGCCAUGCAUUACAAAGACGUGUCCUUAUUGAUGAUGGUCCGGAAUCCUUGGCAGCACAGUUGAGAAAGCAGGAAGCUUUGCAACUUGGAGAAAAACUCGCUGCAGAAAAGGCAAGGGAGGCUUCGCUGGCCGCUCCUCCUCCUGUUCAGCCCUAUGUGAAGUUGCCAAGUGCUAAAAUACCUGAUCUUGCAGUUACCAGUGUGGAUUCGGUGCUGCACCAGAAGAUGACCGGAAUUCGGAAAGCGGUUAGUGACAAGCUUAUCCGCAGAAAGUUACAGGAUGAAGGGUGGAUUAACUACACUGAUGACCCGUAUAAUCCGUACUUGGAUAUUACGGAUACGAUAGAAACCACUGAUGAGGAGUUUCCGUGGAUCAAGGACAGAUCCCAUGUUCCAUUUAGCAGCAUUGCCUCAUCUUCGUACGUACUGAAAAACCCCCGGGAAAUAGACUUCAGCUACGUCUUUAAUAACAGUCGUCACUACAGUAAUAACGACAGCGAGAUCACAAAAAUCAAUCCGAUAUCUGGCCAGGUGGUCAGGAAUGAUCGGCAUAACUUUAUGCCGUGUUUCUAUGAUCUCGCUGGGCGUGAUGCAGAUGACAUUGAGAAUGCUGGAGCAUUUCCUGGGGCAGAUAGAGAAUCUUUUUAUGAGAACAACAAGAUAGAUGUCUCUGAAAUUUUGGCAAAAGUCCGCCACCGCGUUGGUGUGUCCGGAUGCGAAUGGCUAGACAGAAAGCCAAUUUCCGAAAACUCGGACUACGCCGGUUAUCUGGAUAGCCUGCUAAAGCCUGAUAAUGGGAAUAAAUCUGCAAUAAUGGAAAAAUCCGACACUGCGAAGGACAGCACAACCAAUUCACUUAAGAGGAAAAGGGUUAGUGUUUAUGAUUCUACUUCAAGUGCCGCCAAAAGACUCCGGUCCCGGUUUUUAUUUGAUGAUGAUCUGGAGGCUGCCGAUGUUGUUGAGCCGGCAAAAUUGAAUGAUGUUGAUCCACAAACGCAGCACGUACGCUUUGGUUGCAUGCUUUUAAGUAAGGCUUACGAAGGAAUGCAGCGGAUCAGACAGCACCAAGUUGAAGCCUACCAGGCUCGGAUGCGUGAAAGGCAGAAAUUGAUGCUUCAUCAAAAGAAGAAGUUACAACAGAAGCAAACAUCAAAGAGCAGCGUGAAAAAAUCCGUGCCCCAGAAGCCACGACAACGCAAGAAGAAGCGCCAGGCACAAACACAGCCUGUAUCACGUGAUCAGCAACCUGCCUCGAAGAAAAGAAAAUCGCCAUCGGCUAAGCCGGCGGCAGCCACCGCCUGA